UUCCAAUUUAUUAGCCCAAAGUACCUUCAAUUUCUUAACCUAAAAUUUCCCAAUUGAUUUUGUCUAAUUAAAUGAACCCUAGAAUUCUAGGGUUUUCAAUUUCCUCUCAUGCAAUCCAAAUCAAAUCAAAUUGAGAUUAAAUUAUGGUGAAACGUAAUAGCACCAAUGAAGAGCCCGACACAGCUCCGGAGCCAGAUCGCUGGUAUGACAUAAAAUUAGGUUCUUCUUUUCAAGACCACCAUAACCACUCCUCUCCAAAGUUCUGUACUUUACGGUAUGAAUUUAAACCAGCUUCAAUUGAUAAGAGUCAACCAGGAUUGCUCCAUAAGAGCAGGGAUAACAGGGUAAGUGUAGAAUAUCACAACAACCAACAGGGAAAACCCAACGUAAUGUUUGAGGGUGUAAGUGAGGAUUACAAGGAAAAUGAUGCUGUCUUGUUCUUUGAUGGGGAUACCUUUCACUUGGAGCAGUUGCAUCAUGCAGUGAAGCGGUUGAGACAUGUCCGGCUCCCUGGUGAGUCUGCAGCUGCAGCUGCAACAGUUGCGUUGGUUGCAUCAGCAUUUGAAACUCGUUCUCCACCUGUUGGUAAAGCAGCGAAUUCAGAGUCUCUGGACAAAGGAAUGGUUCAUCAAACACCAGUUCAGAUGGAACAGAUUGGCACUGGUGUCUCAGAAAGCUUAGAACUUGAGGAUGAGAAGAGCAUGGAGCAUCUAUUAUUUCCUCCUAACCUAUCCACCUCAUCACCAGACCCCAAGAAUGAAUCCGAGGAACAGGUGGACAUAGUCAAUGAUGAUGAUGAUGGCUGUGAAACUGCUAACAAGGACAAAGCUUCAGAGAAGGGAUUGCCACGCACUGUUCUUAACAUUGAUAUUAACUUGCCACAUCAAGCAGAAACAGAUGAUGAGAUUGCUGAUGUAGAUAUCAGUGAUGAUGACAUUGACAAAGGCCCUAAUGCUGCAGAAGCCCUUAAAGCCCUGAAUGCAGUUGACAAAGGUCCUAAUGCUGCCGAAGCCCUUAAAGCCCUGAAUGCAGAAGGAAUGAAGGGACAAAAUUCAAGCUCAAGCGGAAGCAGUGGAAGUGACAGUAGUGGAAGUGAGAGUGGGAGCAGUGGCAGUGAUAGCGAAAGCAGUGGUGGUGACUCAGUCUUCUCUAUCUGAUGGUUGAAGUCAUGCUUAUUACUCGGAGAUCGAGAUCACAUAAUGUGGUUGUCAGGAUGGCUGAUUCAGUUCAGCAUUCAAACCACGGCAAAUGUGAAACUUGAUGAAAUUUUCUCCCACAGCUGAUGUAGAUGGAAUCUCGAGCCAAAAUGCUGCAUUUGAGAAACUUAGCAUUUAGGUUUCCUGUACUCUUUCUCUCCUGUAGUAUAGUUAGAUCAGCACCUCUUCUGUAGUUUAGUUACAUCAGCAUGGUUCUUGUGAAUUUGAAAAGGAAUGUAGGUGUAUAUGGUAGUGCCAAUUUUCAGGGUAUUUGUUCAUGCCAA